AUGACCAGUAACGGCGCUGUCCAAGCUACCCAGCUAUCGCUCCAACUGGCUAGCGGCAGGUCGCUGACAAUUGAGGAGUCCGAGCUUGUGCUUCAAGACCCCGCUACUGUUGACGACAGGAAGUCAAAAAAAUAUCGCUGCGGACGCCAAACAAUACCACUCUACAACCUCUUAUGGGCCGAAGCCGUCGAGGACAACUUUACGAUAGAAUACGCUCAGUUGUCCGAUAAGUCCUUUCAUGUUGGAAAAUGGACUUUACCGAUAAGCACGACCGACGAGCGGUCUGAAAGCUCCCCCGAGACGUUUGCGACCGAGCUCCGAUCCCGUGCUUACGGCGACGCGCAACAAAGGCGACGCACCUAUGUCCUCGUCAACCCCAACGCCGGCCCCGGAAAUGGUAUCAAGAGAUGGCAAAAUGAGGUAAAGCCAAUAUUCGACGCUGCAAGGAUGGAAAUGGAUAUUGUCUUCUUGAAAAAAGGCGGCGAGGCCAUGGAGCUAGUGGAACAGAUGGACAUUCACAAGUACGACACCAUUAUCCCAUGUUCGGGAGAUGGCACGCCGCACGAGGUCUUUAACGGGCUGGCCAAACGGCCUGACGCCAGACUGGCCCUAUCCAAGAUUGCUGUUGGGCACAUUCCCUGCGGCUCAGGCAAUGCCAUGUCCUGCAACUUGUACGGAUCCCACAAGCCAAGCUAUGCAGCCCUUGCUCUGGUCAAGGGCGUCGUCACGCCUCUGGAUUUGGUAUCGAUCACUCAGGGCAACGCGCGCAUAAUUUCGUUUCUAUCACAAUCGCUUGGAGUCGUUGCCGAGGGCGACCUCGCCACAGAACAUUUGAGGUGGAUGGGCAGCGCACGCUUCGACUACGGUGUCAUUUCACGCGUGUUUCGCAAAAAGGUCUACCCAUGCGACAUUGCGGUGCAGCUCGAGGUAGAAAAGCCUCAGGUUAAGGAGCAUUAUAAGAGGCAUGCGAGCGUACCGAGCCUCAGGAAGGCCGCCGCUGAGCAAGCAGAUGAGGACGAAGGCAAUGGGUUGCCCAAGCUGAGGUUCGGAACGAUAAAGGACGACCUGCCCGUGGGUUGGGAAUUGGUGCCAUACGACAAGGUUGGCACCUUUUACUGCGGAAAUAUGGCCUACAUGGCGCCCGACGUGCACUUUUUUCCCGCCGCCAUGGCGACGGACGGAUGCAUGGACCUGAUCACCAUGAACGGCGACAUCCCCACGUUCAAGGCACUCAAGGCAUUCCUCUCGGUCGACUCGAACAAGUUUUUCGACCUACCGUACGUGCACUACAAAAAGGUAAAGGCAUACCGCAUCAUCCCACGCGACCAAAAGGACGGCUACAUCAGCAUCGAUGGCGAAAAAGUCCCCUUCGAGCCCUUCCAAGCAGAGGUGCACCAAGGUCUCGGCAGGGUCAUUUCCAAGAGGGGCAUGUUUGAGGCUGAAGGCCCGGCCAACUGGGAUAAAGUCACAGUUUCGGAGAGGCUGCACGCAUAG